AAUCACAUAAAUAGGAAUUUCAGGAAAUGUUAGUGUUGUGUAGAAAAUAGAGUAAUAUGAUAGAGAAAAUGUGUAUGUGUGGGGGUCAGAAGCUAGCAGUAUUAGAUAGAGUGGUCAGGUAGGUGAUGUGUGACACUCAGAUCAUAAGGAAUUAGCCAUGGGAAGACCUGGGGAAGAACAUUCCAGGUAGAAGGAACCCCAAGUGCAGAGGUCCUAUGGUGGGGAUUAGUACUCGAAGGAAUACCCGUAACAACGUAAGUGAGAAUGUGAGUGAAAGGAGAUGGGAUGUUCCCAUUAUCAGUGGCUAUGGAGGGCAGUCACUGAUUCCUUAGUCUAGACUGUCUGGUGGCAUUUAGGUAUAAAGAGGUUGCUUACACUUAUAUUAGACUAGUGAUGGAAGGAUCGUGAUCUUUGGAGUCACACCAGAGUUUGAAGCUGAGUCACUUAUGAAAGCAUUUGUGAACAUUUUCCACAUCUGUGAGGCAGAGGUAAUACAAGUUAUAACAAGUUCUGUAGAGAGAUGAUAGGUUGCUCUAUAAAUGGCAGUAUUUUGUGUGUAUUCCUCGGCUCCAUUCUUGAAGUAGCAGAGACUUUUAAUGCAGUUUCUAGUAUUUUUCUCUGUUGUUGUCAGUUAUGUCUUUGCUUUUGGAUUCUGGGUUUUAAAAAGUUGUAGAAGUGUAGAUUGACAAUUAAAUUCUCUGUUUAUUAAGUUUUUUUUUCUUUAUCUUCUGUAAAAGUGAAAAUAGACACUGGGAGUAGAUAACAGAAGUACAUGUCAUAAGUGAUAUAAAUUGACAUAAAAUCUUUCCAUCACAUAUGUUUUUAGACCUCAUUUUGGAUCUUGAAUUUAGACUUAUAUAAAAGUUGCUCCAUGUAUAUUCAUUUUAUAAAAUAAUUUUUGUUUGUAUUUCUUUACAGAAAUGUUAUGAACAGAAGCAAUACAAAAAUGGCCUCAAGUUUUGCAAGAUGAUUCUUUCGAAUCCAAAAUUUGCUGAACAUGGAGAGACUUUGGCUAUGAAAGGCUUAACAUUGAACUGUUUAGGAAAAAAAGAAGAAGCAUAUGAAUUCGUUCGUAAAGGACUUCGUAACGAUGUCAAGAGUCAUGUCUGUUGGCAUGUAUAUGGACUCUUGCAGCGUUCUGAUAAGAAAUACGAUGAAGCUAUUAAGUGUUACCGAAAUGCCCUCAAAUUAGAUAAAGAUAAUCUGCAAAUUUUGAGGGACCUCUCUCUGUUGCAGAUCCAAAUGAGAGACCUUGAAGGUUACCGAGAGACAAGGUAUCAGCUUCUUCAGUUGCGCCCAACACAGCGUGCUUCCUGGAUUGGAUAUGCUAUUGCAUACCAUUUGCUGAAAGAUUACGACAUGGCACUAAAACUAUUGGAAGAAUUUAGACAAACUCAGCAAGUUCCUCUUAACAAAAUAGACUAUGAAUACAGUGAACUGAUAUUAUACCAGAAUCAAGUGAUGCGAGAAGCAGAUCUGUUUCAGGAAUCUUUGGAACAUAUAGAAACAUAUGAGAAACAAAUAUGUGAUAAACUUUUGGUGGAAGAAAUUAAAGGGGAAAUGCUAUUGAAAUUGGGAAGAUUAAAAGAAGCCAGUGAAGUAUUCAAAAACUUGAUUGAUCGGAAUGCAGAAAAUUGGUGCUAUUAUGAAGGCUUGGAAAAAGCUCUGCAACUUAGCACUUUAGAAGAGAGGCUUCAGAUUUAUGAAGAAAUUAGUAAGCAGCACCCCAGAGCAAUCUCACCUAGAAGAUUACCUUUGAAUCUUGUCCCAGGUGAAAAAUUUAGAGAACUAUUGGAUAAGUUCCUGAGGGUUAACUUCAGUAAAGGCUGCCCACCCUUGUUUACUACUUUGAAAUCUUUAUAUUACAAUACAGAAAAGAUUUCUGUAAUCCAGGAGCUUGUUACUAAUUAUGAAGCCUCCCUUAAAACGUGUGACUUUUUUAGUCCUUAUGAGAAUGGCGAGAAGGAACCCCCAACAACACUACUCUGGGUUCAGUAUUUCCUGGCACAGCACUUUGAUAAACUUGGGCAAUAUUCUUUGGCUUUGGAAUAUAUUAAUGCUGCAAUUGCUAAUACUCCAACUCUAAUAGAAUUAUUCUAUAUGAAAGCAAAAAUUUACAAGCAUAUAGGUAAUCUCAAAGAAGCUGCAAAGUGGAUGGAUGAAGCACAGUCUUUAGACACGGCCGAUAGAUUCAUCAAUUCCAAAUGUGCAAAAUAUAUGCUUCGAGCAAAUAUGAUAAAAGAAGCAGAGGAAAUGUGCUCUAAGUUCACAAGGGUAGGAAAUAGCGUGUAAUUGUAUGUUAGUAAAAUUAAACUUAAGUUCUGUUGUGAUA